AUGCCUCCCCGCAAAAAGGUCGCCGAUGCGACAAUCGAGACCGAGAUCGCAGACGCAGUGCACCGCAUCUACCAUGGCCCGCAGGAGUUAACCGUUAAUAUUGUCCGCGAAGCUGUCGAAAAGAAGUUCAAGCUUGGCGAGGGCUUCCUCAAAGAUGGCGACUGGAAAGCAAAGAGCAAGGAACUUGUCAUGGACACUCUCGCCAAGAUAGAAUCAGGCGAAGCUGAACCAUCUCAAUCCUCAGCUCCCGCGAAACCAAGCCCCAAGAAGUCGAAGACCACCGGGGGCGCCAAACCCAAACCCAAAGCCAAGGCGCCUCCGAAAAAGCGCGCAAAGAAGGCAGCGACACCUUCAGAUGAAGAUGAGGAGUCCGAGCUAAGCGAGCCGGAAGAUAGCAAAGAGGACGAAGAGGAGGAAUUCGACGACGAUGACGAAUCCGAAGAGGAACCGACCAAGAAGCGCAAGGCGACAAAGGCGACGACGGGCAGGAACAAGAGGAAGAGUGUGUCCCACGAUGACGACGACGAAGAUGAAGCCGAAGGCAGCGAGUCCGACGAAAGACCCAAGAAGAGAGCGAAACCUACCGCCAAGGCUGCUGCUGCCAAGGGCAAGGCAACAACCAAGAAGGCCGCCGCCGCUGCGAAGAAGAAGAAGAAGGAAGUUGAAGCAUCCGACGUAGAGUCCCUGCUGAGCGAAAUCGACGAGACAGUAUUGGAGGACGAUGGAAACAAGUCAAGCGAGCUAUCGGACGCCAUGGAUGUCGACACCCCCAAAGAGAAGGACAGCGCAAAAGAUGAGGAGACCGUGGCUGAAGUGAAGGAGACGAGCCCAGGAGCAUCCUCAGAUGACGAGAGCGAGCUUUCCGAAGUCAUCGACGACGAGCCGCCUAAACGGAAAGCCGCAAAACCCAAGAAGGGUGCCGCCUCUAAAGACUCGUCGUCCUUGUCCGAAUCCAAGCCCACCAACGCACCACCCGCCGACAACAAAGACGGUGGCGGUGAAAGUUCCUCCAUGUCCGAAGUUUUUGACGAGCAUCCGAAGCGCGGCGAAAAGAAGGGAAGUGGCAAAGCCAAGGAAAAGGAGCCUGCCAGCAAGGGCCGCGCAAAAUCUAAGUCCGCCUCCGCCGACCUCUCCCCCGACGAGACCCUGAUCAAGCAACUCCAAAGCCAGCUCGUCAAGUGCGGCAUCCGCAAGAUCUGGGCAUUUGAGCUCAAGAAGUACAGCGACGACACCAAAGCCAAGAUCAGGCAUCUUAGGGACAUGCUCAACGAGAUCGGAAUGACGGGACGGUUCUCCGAGUCCAAGGCCAAGGAGAUCAAGAUGCGCAUGGAGUUGGAGAAGGAGUUGGAGGCAGUGAAGGAAGGUGAGCAGAGCUGGGGAUUGGGCGAUGGUGGACGGCCUAGACGCAGGGCGGCGGCUAAGGUGAAGAGCUUGAAGCUUGAGAGUGAUUCUGAGGAUGAAGAGGAGGAUGAUGACGAUGACGAGGGUGGGGAUGGAGACGAGAAGAAGGAGAAGAAGACCAAAAAGAAGAAGGAGAAGGCUGAGAAAAAGGGUGAUGGUGAUGAUGAUGGGGAGGAUGAUGAUGAUGCGGUUGAGGAGGACGACCAAGACGAUGAUGAUGAUGACGAUGACGACUCGGAGGAGGACGAGCCAAAGCCAAAGGUUAGAGGCCCGGCUAAGAAGCACAGAGCGGAUUUCGCUUUCUUGGGUUCUGAGAGCGAGUCUGAUUAA